AUGGCGCUGCCGCGGAUCUACGCCCCCCCAGACCCCAGCCUUUCUGCUAUCCCCCUGCCGGAUCUCAUAGCAGCCCUCGACGCCGACCUGCGCGCCUCGGAGGCGGCGGCUAGCGGGGAUGACAGCAGCAGCGGUAGCACGGGCAGCGGCUGCGCCGGCGAUGGCGCGGACGCGGCGUGGCUGUCGACCCACCAUCCCGGGUUCCAAAAGGUGGUGGCGCUGCUCGAGGCGCUGCUGGCCCUAGAGCACGUGACCGCGAGCCGCCGCCUGCGGCGCCGCUUCAGGCCGUUCGACCCGCGCGGCGCGCCUGCGCUGGCCGCGGCGCCGCGACCCAAGGCGCCGUCGCCGCGGCCGCAGCAGCAGCAGCAGCCGCAGCAGCAGCCGCAGCAGCAGCAGCAGCAGCAGCAGCAGCAGCAGCAGCAGCGGGCCGCCGCCGCCGCGGCCCGGCAGGAGGCCGAGGCGGCCGAGGCGGAGCGGCUCGACAGGUCCGAGGUUGAGCUGCUGGAUGAUCUGGUGAACCUGCUGCUUCGCGCCCGCUACUCGCCGCUCACGGCGGCGCAGUGGCGCGACGCGCGCGCCAGCGUCUUCACCUUUGACACCCCCGUGCGCAUCGACUGGGCCGCGCUGGACCCCGCGCCGCUGCGGCGCUUUUUUGGGCUGCCGACCACCGCCGGUGCAACGGCUGCCGCGACGGCGGCGGCGCGGGGCGCGGGGUCGUCCCCGGGGGCCUACAGCUUGUUCCCAAGCGCGGGCGGCGCGCGUGGGGGCGACCCGCGGGCGGAGGCGCCGAUCCUGCUGCCCGGCGCGUGGCGGGAGCUGCCGGCGUUCAGCGACAGGGUGCUCGUGUUUGUGCGGGGCGUGGGCGCGUCGUCGGCGCGCGGCCAGUACUAUAACGAGAAGAUGGACCUGUUAGUCAACUACAUCCUCCUGGAGCCCCUCUCCACCGCCGCCACCCGCGCGUCGCGCGCGCUGCUUGAACCGCUCGUGCGCCGCGCCGCGCCGCUCAGCCCCGCGCUGCGGCGGCUCAACGCGUGGCUGGAGGGCGACGAGGACGGGCACGGCGCCGAGUGGCGGGCGCUUGAAGGCGACAGCCUCAGCAAUGGCAGCAGCGAAGGCGGCGGCGGCGGAGGAGGAGGAGGAGGGGGUGUGGACGUGCGGGCGGCGCCUGCGAGGCUCGUCGGCUCCCCGGCGCUCCAACGGCUCGAGUCCGAGGCGGCAGCCGCGGCGGCCUAUUCCGGCGCCAUGCCGGGGCCCCGGCCGCCGUCCUCCUCGCCGCCGUCGUCGCCCCCAUCGUCGCCGUCGCCGCCGCCGUCGCCGCCGCCGCGGCGGCGCGCCGCUCGUUUCGUGGAGCGGCGGUCGCUUCGUACGCUGCUUCCGACGGUUCCGGCGGUGGCGCUGGCGCUGCUGCGUGAAGAGGUGCUGACAGAGCCGACCUUCCGGGAGGUGGUCGUCGUGUACCGCCGCGCGGCGCCGCAGUCCGACCUGGCGCCCGAGCGCCAGGCGCGGGAGCUGGGCCGGCGGGAGGCUCUUGAGCUGUCCGCCGCCACCCGCAAGGCCGCGCGGGACGAGCGCCUGCGAAAGGGCAUCGACGCCAAGUCCGGCGCGACCGCAUCCGGCGAGCGCACGCCCGCGGCGGCCUCCGUCGUCGGCGGCGCCGUCGGCGGCGCGCUCGGGCGGGCGCUCGCGGGGGCGCUCGGGGAGACGCUCGGCUCAAGCGUGGGGGGCGCGGUUGGCGGCGCCCUGGGGUCGUUCGAAGCCCUGUUCGGCCGCAGCAAUGAAGGGCAGGCCGGCGGCGCCGUUGGCGGCGGCGGCGGCGGCGGCGGCGGCGGCGGCGGCGCGGGGGGCGGGGCCGGCGGCA